AUGAGCGAGACGGACCGCUUCGACAGCAUGCUGCUGACCAUUGCGCAGUCGCAGCGCGGCAUUGAGCCACUGCUAGAUACAGUGUUCUCCUUCUUGCGGCGCAAGACCGAUUUUUUCACGGGCGCCGAGCCGCAGGUGGUCGAAGAUACGAUCCUUAAAAGUGUGCGCAAGCAGGCGGCGCUGGCCGAGAAGGAUCAGUUCCACAAGAAGCAGCAGGAGGCUGAGAAGCGCCGGAAGCAGGAGGCAGUAAAGCUGGAGAAGCGACAAAAGAAGGAGGAGAAGGCCAAAGAUCCGCCACGUUUUGAGGAGAUCACGGACGACGACGCCGAGACAAAGGAAUCCACACCUGAACAGGCGUCGCCUCAAAAGACGGCAACAAAGGCUGAUGGCGAAGAGAAAGAGGACAACGGACCGCCGCUAGUGGGCAAUGGAGGCCAGACUGACAAGUAUGUGUGGACGCAAACACUGCAGGAAGCGCAGGUCAAUUUCGCAGUCCCUGAGGGUACCAAGUCCCGCCAGGUUGAUGUGGAGAUCCGAGCUGGAAAAAUGCGAGUUGGUCUCCGAGGCGGCGAGACAUUUGUGGAUGGACCUCUGUACAACAAGGUGAAGGUAGACGACAGUUUUUGGACACUGGAAGAUGGCAACCGUAUUUGCAUCUACCUGCAGAAAGACAACCAAAUGGAGUGGUGGAAGACCAUCAUCCAGGGCGACCCGGAGAUCGACACUCAAAAAGUGCAGCCUGAGAACUCAAAACUGGACGAUCUGGACUCCGACACACGCCAGACUGUCGAGAAGAUGAUGUUUGACCAGCGUCAGAAGGCCAUGGGUCUUCCCUCGAGUGACGACAUGCAGAAGCAGGAGAUUUUGCAAAAAUUCAUGGCGCAGCACCCCGAGAUGGAUUUCAGCAAGGCGAAAAUCAAUUAA